AUGUCGAUCUGUGAGUCUCGAGCUGGUGUAGGAAGCUCCAUACGUGGACUUUCGUCCUCACUCGGCUCCUCAGCCGGCCGGGACAGCUUGAAGUCACGUAUCACCGAAUACAUCUCACCUUUAGAUGACUCGGGUCGUUGGGGUGAUGCCACCUUGGGACACACUGGCGGAAGCUCUCUCUCCUCCUACGUAGACUCAGCCGUGUCCCAGGCCACAUCAGAUGUAGCCAUAGCCUUGCUCUAUGAGCGAAGCCCCACUCUAGGUCUUCUACCUCUGGUUGCAGACUUGCGAGGAGCCAUCCCACUUCUGACACCAAAUGCCAAGCCCCGCCCCUUUUUGGGUAUGACCAACAUUAUCACCAGAUACAGGACAAUGGACGAGCCGGCUUCCAGCUGCUUCACGCCGAUACGCCCACUCACAGCGGACCCGGCGCUAUUUAUCCAGGUCGCUGGUGGCGCUCGGGUUCGACCAGCCGAUGAUGGAGAAGCAACGCGGAAGACCGGCUUUGCAUGUAAAUUGCUAUCUAAGUUUGAAGUGAGAAGCAUGUUUAAGGAAGGAGAUAUUAUGAUAGGUGGCAUUUUCCCAGUCUCUUCAAAAGAAGAGAGUAUACUUUAUUCAUUUGACAACAAACCACAAUGGGCAAAAUGUAACGGAUUUGGCUUACGAGCUUUUCGCUGGACAAGGACCAUGAUGUUUGCAAUAGAUGAAAUAAAUCAGGAUAACCGUUUGCUUCCCAACAUUUCCCUGGGAUAUAUAAUUCUGGAUUCUUGUUCCUCUCCUACUAAUGUUCUGAGAGCUGCGCUUACUUUCAUGAGCACAUCAGAGCAAAACGGCUCUCAAUGUCAUCCACCUCCCAUAUUAGCUGUUAUAGCUGAAUCAUCCACUACCCAGUCUUUGGUAGUGGCCGGUGCAGUUGGACCAUUUAAAAUGCCACUGGUGAGUUAUUUUGCAACAUGUGAAUGUCUAAGUGACAAAACAAAAUAUCCUACAUUUUUCCGAACAAUACCAAGUGAUUACUACCAAGCAAAGGCUUUGGCUUUCCUUGUUAGACAAUAUGGAUGGACAUGGAUUGGAGUUAUAAUGUCUGACAGUGAUUAUGGGCUAAGUGGGAUAUCAGCAUUCAGAAAGGAAGUGGAGGCUCAUGGAGUUUGUAUUGCAUUCGUUCGCACAGUUUUACGGACAUAUUCCCAAAGUAAAAUCUCUGAAAUUGCUGAACUGAUAAAGCAAUCAACUGUUAAAAUGAUUCUAGCAUUUGCAUCAGAGAGAGAUAUUGAUCCUUUAAUGAAAGAAGUGGUAAAACAGAACAUUACAGGAAUACAGUGGAUUGGAAGUGAAGCCUGGGUAACAGCAGCCAGUCUUUCCACACCAGAAAUGUUCAAAUCGUUUGGAGGAACAUUAGGACUUGUGGUCCGAAAGAUGGAUAUACCUAAACUGGGACCAAUUCUCAAAGAUAUCAGCCCGUAUAAAGAUUCAGAAUCAAGUUUUGUCAGUGAUUUCUGGGAAGCAUUGGUGGGCUGUAGACCUCAAUUUAAAAGCAAUUAUUCAAGUAAUGCCACUAAAAUGUGCUCAGGAAAAGAAGAAGUUGAUUAUACAAACAAAUUUUUUGAUGUAUCACAACUUAGAAUAGCAUAUAAUGUCUAUCAAGGAGUUUAUGCUAUUGCCCAUGCCCUACACCAAGGGAUGUUUUGUGAAGAGCCUGAAAGCAAUUUCUCAAGACUGUGUCUUAAUGCUUCACAGCUUACCCCAAAUCUAGUGAGUUUAAACUGCAUUGAUGCAUUUAUAAGGCUCAUAAUUGAUAACAAUUCAUUCAUUAUCUUUUAUAUCUUGUUUAUAAGGUAACUGAGCAAUUGAAAAAAGUACAUUUUGUGGAUGCAUUUGGAGAGCUAGUGUUCUUUGACAAUAGCGGAGAUCCACCUGCCUCCUAUGAAGUCAUAAACUGGCAGCUGACAGAUGGUCAAGUGCAGCAUAUUCCAGUUGGACAUU